AUGUCUUUUAUAAGAGGAGCGCUUGUUCUUUGGAGUUUUUUAACUAUAGUAAAGUGCAAUGAUUUGAAUAUCGUAUUUUGGGUAGAACCUGUUCAAAAGGAUAUUUACUCCGAUAUUAAUGCAGCUUUGAAAGAAGUCGAUAAUUUACAUUUAGAAUCGGAAAUAACCGAUGCCGUAAUGGUUGUGGAAUCGCCGGGAGGAGAUAACAAUGAUGCCGAAGAAGUUAAUAAUAGAAAUAUGAAAACUUUUUGUGAUAUUUUAUCUGCUUUGGAAGUUUCGGUUAUAUUGGAUUUCACCUAUCAUCCCUGGCAUCAAGGUUUGGACUAUGUGCAAUCCCAUAAUAUACCCUAUUUGAGAGUGGAUCGUAUGCUGAAACCAUUUUUACACGCCUUUAGUGAAUUUCUAAUCCAGAAGGGGGGCAACGAUGUUGUAUUAAUUUUACAAAAUGAACAAGAUAGAAUGGAGGCUUUAUUACAAGUGGUUGAGGGAUAUCCAUUUCGUACAUUGAUAAUGAAUGCGGCCGAUAAUGAUGUUGAUAUUGUGCAACGUUUGAAAGAUUUACGACCCAGUCCUUCAUACUAUGCAAUAUUUGCCAAGGGUACAAAUAUGAAUACAAUUUAUGAAAAGCUCUCCAAUGGAAAUGUAUUUUUGCGCAAUACUGAAUGGCAUUUGAUAUAUUUGGAUACCAAGGAUAGAGUAUUUAAGUACAAAAAACAGGUGGAAAAGACCAAUAAAUUUGGUUUAAAUCCCAGAUCCAUUUGCCGAUCUAUGCUGAUGAAGGAUGCCUAUUGUUUAAGUGGUUUCACUUUGCAACGAGCUUUGUUAUUGGAGAUUUUCCGCAGUUUAAUUGAUAUUAGACAAUCAAAUUUAGAUUGGUUAAAACCUUUGGCAGCCGAGUGCAAUAGCACCAGCGAGGAAGCUGAUCCAUUUAUUUCAAACUUUGAAAUUUUAGAUCAUUUUCGUUUAACGAAUUUUAUGAGUUUUGCUACAACAAAUGCUAACAAUCAAUUUGAUGAUGAAGUGGAAGUUAUACCACCCCUAACGUAUAAUGUGAAUAUGACCAUAACUUUUUAUUCCAGUGAGCAUGAUGCCGUAACCGAUUUAGCUGAUUGGCAAAAUGGUGAAUUAAAAAAACGUAUACCAACUAUAAAUCCAUCCAAAAGAUUUUUUCGUAUAGGCACAACAGAGGCCAUACCCUGGAGCUAUUAUCGUCGAGAUCCUCAGACCGGUGAAAAGAUUUUAGACUCUAACGGUAAUCCCACAUGGGAGGGGUUUUGCAUUGAUUUCAUAGAAACCUUAUCGGAGAAACUAAACUUUGAGUAUGAGUUAAUCGAUCCGGUAAAGGGAAAAUUUGGUAAACGUGAUGUUGAAACCGGCAAAUGGGAUGGUAUUGUUGGUGAUUUGGUAAGUGGUGAAACGGAUUUAGCUGUAACAGCUUUGAAAAUGUAUUCGGAAAGAGAGGAGGUUAUUGAUUUUAUUGCUCCGUACUUUGAACAAACUGGCAUAUCGAUUGUUAUGCGCAAUCCGGUGAGGCAAACGUCUCUUUUUAAAUUUAUGACAGUGCUCAGAUUGGAGGUAUGGUUGAGUAUUAUAGCUGCCUUGGUUGCCACCGCUGUUAUGAUCUGGGUAAUGGAUAAAUAUUCUCCUUACAGUUCCAGAAAUAAUAAAGAUGCUUAUCCAUAUCCAUGCAGAGAAUUUACCUUACGUGAAAGUUUCUGGUUUGCUUUGACCUCGUUUACACCCCAGGGUGGUGGUGAAGCUCCUAAGGCUGUGUCAGGACGUAUAUUGGUAGCGGCUUAUUGGCUGUUUGUGGUCUUAAUGUUGGCCACAUUUACAGCAAAUUUGGCAGCCUUCUUAACCGUUGAAAGAAUGCAGACUCCGGUGCAAUCUCUGGAACAGCUGGCUAGGCAGUCUCGUAUAAAUUACACUGUGGUGGAUGGUUCGGAUACCCAUCAAUAUUUUAUUAACAUGAAAUUUGCCGAGGAUACACUCUAUCGCAUGUGGAAGGAAUUGGCCCUAAAUGCCUCAAGAGAUUUUCACAAAUUUCGCAUUUGGGAUUAUCCAAUCAAAGAGCAAUAUGGUCAUAUAUUAUUAGCUAUUAAUAGCUCGAUGCCAGUUAAGGACACUCAGGAGGGUUUUCGUAAAGUCAAUGAACAUGAAAAUGCCGAUUUUGCCUUUAUACAUGAUUCUUCGGAAAUUAAAUAUGAAAUAACAAAAAAUUGUAAUCUAACCGAAGUUGGAGAAGUAUUUGCUGAGCAACCCUACGCUAUAGCAGUGCAACAGGGAUCACAUUUGGCUGACGAAUUAAGUUUUGCCUUGUUGGAAUUGCAAAAGGAUCGUUAUUUUGAAGAGUUGAAGGCAAAGUAUUGGAAUCAUACUAGUGCCAAUUGUCCUUUGUCCGAGGAACAAGAAGGCAUUACUUUGGAAAGUUUGGGUGGUGUCUUCAUUGCCACACUAUUUGGCUUGGGUUUGGCCAUGGUCACCUUGGCUUUGGAAGUAUUUUACUAUAAGAAAAAAUUACCCAAAACCUCUAUUAAGGGUUCAAUUACACAAGUUAAACCUUUGGAUACACCACAAAAAGUUAUUGAUGUUUGGCAUACGGUUAAGGAAAAGAAAAAUCCAACACCGCCGCCUUCGUUUGAAACGGCUACAUUUAGAGGACGCAAAAUACCGGAUGGCAUAACUAUGGGUUCGGAAUUUAAACCAAGUCGUAUGGGCCUGCAAGUACGUCGUCGUGUAGAUAGUACAGAUACUUUAAAGGAUAGCGAUUUACCGGCAUAUGUGGAAUAGAUGAUAAUUUUAAUUAUGCAUAUUUUUUUCUAAAGCACUUAUGAUUAUU